GACCGAACGGUCCCUGUGAAGAGACUCCAUUUACAUUUUCGCCCUAAGGGUUUAAAGACGUGUGUACGAGCAAAGAUUAGUGUGCAUACCGAGGCACUUUGGCAGGACUACUGUAACGGCACCAUCACUAUCUGCUCUCAAGCUUUUAUUAAUAACGUUACUUGCUACUUCAGAGACAGGAUAGAGAAGUAAGAAAAACCGACAACUGACAUAGUGAUGCCAUCCAACAAGUACUCCUCUGCUAUUAUGGCGGAAAGUGACAAGAUGACUGCCACGGCUGCUGUAAAUGGUGAAACAUCUGUAGGAGAGGGACUGUCAGAGAAUGACAGUGGUCUGGAGAUGACCAAUGAGAACAGCCCUCUGACUGCGGCAGAGCCACCCUCACCUUUCUGCCCCAAACAGAACGGAGGUGCAGCCUCACCUGCAGAUGAGAGUGUGAACAGCAUUAGGAGAAAGCGAUCUCGCAAGCGCUCUGAUACAGAGGACGACAGUGCCUGGGACUCCUCCUACAGUGAGGAAAAGGCUGAGGUGGGGUCCGGUUGUGAGACAGGUUUGCGCCAAAUGCCCCAUCCCAGGACUAUAUUCCAGGCUGGACUGACAGCUCACACUAAACCACGCAAUAGAGAGAGGGGACGCAGCAAACAGGAGCACAACAACCUGGUUUUUAGUGUUCCUGAGGAUCCUGCUCUGGAGCUGAUGGAACAGGACUCCAAAGACUCUGCACAAAGUAGUGCCACCUCCACCUCAACUACUGAAACAGCCUGCCAACCUGAGUACAAGGAUAAUAAAGGUUUUGGUAUUGGAGAAUUAGUGUGGGGCAAGAUAAAGGGCUUUUCUUGGUGGCCAGGGAUGGUGGUGACCUGGAGAGCGACAGGGAAGAGGCAGGCCUCCCAUGGCAUGCGCUGGCUACAGUGGUUUGGUGAUGGAAAAUUCUCAGAGGUAUCUGCUGACAAGCUGGAUUCCAUAACAGCCUUCCCAAAGUUUUUCAACCAGUCAUCCUACACCAAGCUGGCCUCAUACCGCAGAGCCAUAUUCCAGGCCCUGGAGGUGGCUAGUAUACGUGCAGAGAAGACUUUUCCUCCAUUUGAGUCAGAUAGUCUUGAAGAGCAAAUAAAGCCCAUGCUUGACUGGGCUCAUGGCGGAUUUCUACCCAAAGGUCAGGAUGGCCUGAAACCCAGAGAGAACGCAUCUGAGUAUUAUGUUCUUCCCCUGGCCUCAGAGAGCCCUGCGCUGCUGGACUCCAGCCCUCCAGAGAUCCCCCCCUCUGCCAAGAGAGCUCGACUGAGCCUCUGUAAGGCUAAACCUGGCACUGAGGACAUCUAUAGCAGAGAACAAAUGGUCCAUGAAGUUUUGAAGAAUCACAGAAGUAUAGAAGAGUUCUGCCUCUCUUGUGGAAAGACAAGAGUGUUGACCUUCCACCCACUGUUUGAAGGAGGCCUUUGCCUAACAUGCAAGGAUGUUUAUUUAGAGAUAUCCUACAUGUACGAUGAUGAUGGCUACCAGUCGUACUGCACCGUGUGCUGUGGGGGCAGAGAGGUGCUGCUCUGUGGAAAUGCCAACUGCUGCAGGUGUUUCUGUGUGGACUGUUUGGAUAUAUUAGUGGGUGCUGGAGUGGCUAACAGCGCUCGUGAUCUAGACCCAUGGCGCUGUUACAUGUGUCAGCCUCUGCAGCAGUAUGGGGUGUUAAAGAAACGCCAUGACUGGAGCGUGAAACUACAGGAGUUCUUUGUCAGUGACAAUGGACAAGAGUUUGAAAGUCCAAAAAGUUACCCUGCAGUCACAGCAGAGCAGAGACGUCCAAUCAGAGUGCUUUCACUGUUUGAUGGUAUUGCCACAGGUUAUCUGGUGCUUCGAGACUUGGGCUUCAAAGUUGAUGUGUACAUUGCAUCAGAAGUAUGUGAGGACUCCAUUUCAGUGGGAGUUGUUCGGCAUGAAGGAAAAAUAGAGUAUGUGCAUGACGUUCGCAACAUUACUAGAAAAAAUAUUGCUGAGUGGGGGCCCUUCGACUUGGUGAUUGGUGGAAGUCCCUGUAAUGACCUUUCAAUUGUCAACCCAGCCAGGAAAGGUCUGUACGAGGGGACCGGACGCCUGUUUUUUGAGUUUUACCGCCUCUUGAGUGAAGCGAAGCCAAAGGAAGGGGAAGACCGACCUUUUUUCUGGAUGUUUGAGAACGUGGUUGCCAUGAGCGUCAAUGAUAAGAGAGAUAUCUCUCGAUUCCUUGAGUGUAAUCCAGUGAUGAUUGAUGCAAUUGAGGUAUCAGCUGCUCACAGGGCUCGAUAUUUCUGGGGAAACCUACCAGGAAUGAAGAGGCCUCUGUGUGCUUCUGGCAUGGAUAAAUUAGAACUUCAGGACUGUUUGGAACAUGGUCGUGUUGCCAAGUUUGGAAAGGUACGCACCAUCACAACACGGUCAAACUCCAUCAAGCAAGGCAAAGACCAACACUUCCCUGUCAUGAUGAAUGGCAAAGAGGACAUCCUGUGGUGCACAGAGCUGGAGAGGAUUUUUGGCUUCCCCGUCCACUACACGGAUGUGUCCAACAUGGGACGUGGGGCCAGACAGAAGCUGCUGGGGCGGUCCUGGAGCGUACCUGUGAUACGACACCUAUUUGCCCCACUAAAGGACUACUUUGCCUGUGAAUAACCACCGUAGUCCAUAUUCAAUUAGGCCAAAGUCACACAACAAAUACAAAGUGCAAAACCAAAUGUCCUCAGAAAAAUAAGGAUCUCUCGGAGACUAACUUCUCUCCCAAAUGACAAGAUGUUCUCACCUUUGGAGAGCAAAACUGAAAUAGAGGACGAAGUGGAGACACUGUGGUGUGAUGUUUAGAACAUCACUUCUUUAAAACACGGUUAGUUAUUGUACUACAUGUUUUUGAACUUGGUCUGCCUGUCAAGGUUUUUGAAGCUGUCAGUCAGGAUUUCUACACAUGCAGUUACAAUUUAUCAUUUACUAUCAUGAAAAAAAGACUUUUCACAAUCGAAAACCAGUUUAAAAUUAGUAGCUUCUAUGGCUAAGGAAUGUAAAACUUUCUUAUCAUGUCAUUAUAGAUGCAGUAUACUUGCAUGUGACACAUUUCCAUUGUAUGUUUGGCAUGAGAAAGUACUUGAAAUUAAGCAAUGCAAACUUGCAAACACCAAGCUGUGAGCAUUUACAAAGAUGCAUUAAAAUAAUCUAUGCUCAAGGCAUGAUUUUACCAUGCCACAAUAAUUUUACUUUGAUUUGUUCGAUUUAUGGUGAAGAUUUUAAAAACACUUAAAAUAUUUCAACAAUACAACACUGAAUCAGUAUGGUAUUUCAUACAGUCUGUAUUCCCUCUGUAAUAUUGCACAAUACCAAUCUAACAAGAAAGUAUUUUUGUAUUAACAAAACUGCAGGGCAUUAGCCUGCACUAAAUAUUACAGAAUACUAUUUUCUUGACAAGUAAUUUCUGUCAAGAUAGAGAUCAGAAAUGUACUGAAUUUUCACUUUGAAAUUAAUGUUUACAUAUUUCAGCGUCAAGUUUUUAGAGUUUUCUCAUAUACCUUUAAUUGUACGUCAUUUUGUAGAUUGACCUCUACGAAGAGGGAAUUGUAUAGAAAAAUGCUGGCUCUAUGUAGGUUGCACUCACAUACUGUAGAUCCUUUCAUUUAACUUGGAAGCUAUUGUUUUAUAUUAACCGUUGCUACAAAAAAUAACAAAAACAUCACAUAUAUUCAAUAAAUGUUGAUACAUACCACCCUCUGAUUUUUCAUUUGGGCCUCAUUUGUCCAAAGCUCUUAUAUGUGGUGUAUUUGAAGAGAAGAUUCAGCCAUACAGGGGUCAGGUUGCGAAGAAACCUUCUUUUGUUUUAUAGACCUAAUGCUGUAUCUCAAACUGUUAUACAUAUACUAUAUGUGCUUAAAGAGAACUACUGUCCAAACCCAAAUCUUAAAGACUAAAGUAACCUUAAUACUUCAUCCAGAAUGAUCUUUGCCUUAGGAUACUGAGUACACGUUACACAAAUUUUUCAUUGUUUAAAAACAAAAAUAAAACAAUUCUUGUAUACAUCUCAAGCCUUGGCUUGACAGGCAAAAUGUAUGUAAAAACAUACAAAAGUCUUCAUACUGUUUUUUUUUUUAUUUUUAUUAUUAUUCUUUUUUAAGGUUUUAUACUGUAGUAUAAGAAAUUUAACAUAACCUUAAUAUUUUGCAUAGUAGAUCUUCAAAUUUGGUAUAUGAUGCUAUCAUUUUAUUUUUUAUUUGGUAAUAAUAACACAUUAAAGCUGUACUUUUAAAAAUUAACAGUACUUUUCUACAGUCGAUUUAUAUUUACUUUU